GCAUCCUUCAUUCUUCCCUCUUUUAAUCCUUUCUUUAUUCUACAUAAACAAUACCAACAUCGCCAUCAUCGUUAUCAUUACCAAUCAAUUAAUCAUCGCAAUACACAAAUCACAUACACCGAAAACUCCGUCACACCAUGCUUUUCAAGCCGCUCGCCCUUGCAGCGACCGCCGCUGCUGUGCUCAUCGUCCCAGAGACUUCUGACAAGGACGACAGCAUCUUCCGCGCUCUUCCCAUCGAAGUCGACACUUUCGAGAUCCCCGCAACCGCUUAUAGUCAAGUCGUCGACGUCCCUUGCCUCCAGUGCCGCGGCCAUGAUAGCCAACUCGAACUCAAUUUCGGCAUUCAAGACCGUCGCCUGGUAUUAAACGGUUUCGAACUCUAUCCACACGCCGACCCUUGGAAUGGAGACCUGUCGGCUGCUGUUAUCAAGGCCAACGGCAAGAGCGAUAUGCGUCGACUGGGAUAUGGUUUGGCUAUUCGACCUGAAGGAGUCGAUAAGGAUCAACAUCUCGAGGUUGUCAAUGUCGAAGUCAGGAUCAUCGAAGUCGGCGACCGUUUCGUCGACGGUGUCCCUCCUGUCACAGUAAAGCUCAUCAAGGCUCCUGUUGGCGAGAUCAUCAUCGGAAGCAUCGAGGUCAAGGGUGCUGGCGAGAAGGCACCAGAGGACUGUGAUAUGUGGUGCCGCGCCAAGGGUAUGGUCCACGAUACCUGGAAGGGUGUCAAGGGCAAGUUCAAGGGCUGCCACGGAAUGAAGGGUAAGGGUAGAGGCCAUGGUCACGGUCGCAAGCCCCAUCACGGUCAUGGUAAGGGUGAGAACAAGCCUACCGACAACUUCAAGCACGGUCCUCUCGUCAACAAGGCCCCCGAGCAGUCGUGGAGUGAUGUUCUCGCACACGUUACCGCAUAUAUUAUCAUCCCUGUCCUUAUGGGUGUUGCUGCCGGUGUCGGAGUUGCAUUCUUCACCAUGUUCCUCUGUGCCAUGGUUCUCCGCGUGAUCCGCAUGUUCAAGGGCGAAUCCGCUGAGUCCGAGCCAGAGCUUGCCCUCGGUGCUGCUCACAAAGCCGCCAUCGCCGAGAUGCUUGUUGAAGACGAGAAGUCCGGUCUUAUGGUUGACGAGGAGGCUCUUCCCCAGUACGAGCCACGCAACUAGAAGUCGAUUUCUGAGACUCUGUACUUGCCCGCAUUUUUGCCGUGGUUGAUAGGAAAGGGGGAACGCACACUAACAACACAGCCUUGUACGACAGGCGUGUUAUUGAUACCAAAGACUGUAUGUUUUUUUAAAGGAUUCGGACUCGGGAUAGGCGUUAUGGGUUUGGUGGACGGGAUCAUGUCUUAUGAACUGGAUGGCCACCUACGCAUCAGACUUGGCGUGGCUUUCUUUGGUAACGAUUUGAAAUUGUUACUGUCCUUUCUUUAAAGAUUCAGCGGUGUCUAUUAGGUUAUGGAUGAUCUAGGCACUGUUGGCUAAACUUGAAACAAAACGAAAAAACUACCUUACACUCAUACACUCGUCUCGGAUUCAG